CUUUGGGGGGGAAAAGAAACGAAGCUCGAUUAAUAUUGUCUUCCAAGCCAAAUCUUGCUCUUAUGCUCUCAUGGUCUCAUGGUCCCAUUCUAUUAACAAGACUUCGCCAUCCGUGCCCUCGAGUAUAGAAACCACCAGGGGGAAGCAAAAGUGACGACUGUGCCAAUUCCUUCACUCACCCCAAUUACCAAUUACCUAUCUAGUAUAUAUUCAAUCUAUUCAACCUAUGAGUGACUACUUCACUAGUCCUAAUAUUACCUCCGGCCUUGUCUCGUGUCAUCCUCCGAAAACCCGCAACGGGAAGGUUAUCUGAAUUUUGCCGCCGCGCGCCUUAUUAUUCAUUUUCUUCUUCCUCUUUUUUGUUGUUGCGCUCUUCCAAUUUAACCGCCAACAUGGACCACAGCAGUAUGGAUUCGGAUAGCAACGCUACCUGCACACAUGCCAUGACUUGGAAUUGGAAUACUGUUGGCACAUGUUUCCUUGCGGACUCAUGGCUUAUCGAGAAUGAGGGCAUGUUCGCGGCGUCCUGCAUCGGCGUCUUCCUCCUCGUCAUCUGUCUCGAGUUUCUCCGCCGGCUCAGCAAGGAGUAUGACAGCUUCAUAUUGCGGCAGUUCCAGCAGCAUGUGGCGAGCCAGCAGGCCCGCGCGUCCAAGUCGGAGAGCUCGUGCUGUGCCGCGGACGAUCUCCCGCCCGCCGCUGCGGGCCCGCAGAUCGUCAUGUUCAGAGCCUCGCCCGUGCAGCAGCUAGUCCGGGCUAUCAUCCAUGCGGUGGCGUUCGGCGUCGCAUACAUACUCAUGCUGAUAGCGAUGGCUUUUAACGGCUACAUCAUAAUAUGCAUCGUGCUCGGCGCUGGUGUUGGGAAGUUCUUGAGCGAUUGGAUGACGGCGAAGGUGGUUGUUGGGGGCGAGAAUCAGUCGGGCAGUAAGGCGGCGAGUAAUCUGGAAGAGCCCUCUGUAUGUUGCGGUUGAGAUAUGACUACCUAUCUCUUGAUUUUACCAUGUUCAGAUACCCUGUUGCUUAUCGUCUGGUCCAUCUGCUUUAACGAAUUCAUGAAAUCACAAUACACUGCCGAAUACAUCAA